UGCAACACUAGACAAACCCGCGUCUCUAUAAAAGGGACAGGUGAUUAGCCGAGCAAGUAGACACCGGCGCACACGCCGCCGCAGCCACCACAUGGGAUAUCACCACUCUUGCGCAUCCUGAACUACUGCACUCCAACCUACGCUAUGACGAUGAGGGCGUUGUUUUUCUUCGGGGUGGUGGCGCUGGCUGCGUCCGCGCCACAGAAGCCCGCGGAUCAGGUGAUUGCGAUCCUCAAACAAGACUUCGAUCAACAGGUCGACGGCUCUUACAGAUACAGCUAUGAGACGGAGAACGGCAUUAAGGCAGAAGAGACUGGGACCCUUAAGAAGACGAGCGGUCCGGACGCCUCCGACGUCAUCGUGGCGCAAGGAGGCUUCAGCUACACCGCACCCGACGGCACGCAGAUCAACCUUAACUAUAUCGCUGACGACGAAAAUGGCUUCAAACCUGAGGGAGCUCACUUGCCGACUCCGCCGCCGAUUCCACCAGCGAUCCAGAAGGCUCUCGACUUCCUCGCUACUCUACCACCAGCAAGAAACUGAUCUUAGACAACUACAAUGUGGGACUACUCCUUGACGAUACUUAGCGCCAUAUGUACCUGCUGACUGACUGCCAUUGCCGCUUUGGAAACAGAAUAAAUAAAACAUUAAUCGGACACUUUGCCAAAAAAAAUAAUAGAAUACUCAUAAUUAUUUAGGAUAAAAACUGUUUCAAAAGCGGUAUUUUAUACUUAGAAAAGCAAUAAAAAAAUACAUAAAAAUGAAUGUGAAAUUACGUGAGGUAUCUGUGAUAAUAAGAUGAAUGGAAGGAAGGAAUGUGUUUGUAUUAUUUAUUAAUUUACGCAAUAAAAGCAUACUCAGUGCCAAAGAUGCAUUGCAAA